AUGAUUACUAACCCAAUUUUGCUUGUGUCAUAACAAGGAGCCGGAGUGUACCAUCUCAGAAAUUUCCAAAAAAUGCACCGGUCCACAAGCUUGAUUCGAUUUUUAAGAACACCAUACGGGUUACAGACCGUUGAAGAUGGCCUCAGAAGCAGGGUUUACCUGUAUACAGUCAGAGGCAAGGCCACCGCUGCAGCCGCCGUGGAGGAACCACAAGAACCACCAAAGAAACCAACAGGAUUAAAGGAAUCCAAAUCAUUUGCCAAAAACAUGUUCCGGGGGUUGGUUCAGUCAGACCAAGUGUUCCCAUACCCAGAAGUACUGAAUGAAGAGCAAAAAGAAACCUUACAAACACUGGUUCCACCCACUGCAAAAUUUUUUGAGGAGGUGAAUGACCCUUUUAAAAAUGAUGCAGAUGAAAAAAUUGAAGACCAUACAAUGGAAGGGUUGAAGGAACUUGGGGCUCUGGGUCUACAAAUCCCAGAAGACUUGGGUGGUGUGGGUCUCACUAAUACACAAUAUGCCAGACUGGUGGAAAUUGUUGGAGAACACGACCUUGGAGUGGGAAUCACGUUAGGAGCACAUCAAUCUAUUGGGUUCAAAGGCAUAUUAUUGUAUGGCAACCCAGAGCAGAAAGCUAAGUACCUACCUCAGUGCGCCAUGGGAGAGAAAAUGGCGGCCUUUUGUCUGACGGAGCCCUCCAGUGGUUCUGACGCACAGUCAGUUCGCACCAGAGCAGUUUUAUCAGAGGACGGAAAGCAUUAUAUCUUGAAUGGAGGCAAGAUUUGGAUUAGUAAUGGUGGAAUUGCAGAAAUAUUUACAGUUUUUGCUCAGACCUCAGAUGUAGACCCAAAGACAGGCGGCACAAAAGACAAGAUCACAGCAUUCAUUGUGGAGAGAGGUUUUGGGGGAGUUACAAGUGGCCCUCCAGAGAAGAAGAUGGGUAUCAAAUGUUCCAACACUGCUGAGGUUCACUUUGAAGAUGUGAAAGUCCCAGUAGAAAAUGUCCUCGGAGGAGUAGGAGGGGGUUUCAAAGUGGCUAUGAACAUUUUGAACAACGGCAGGUUUGGGAUGGCUGCUGCCCUCUCUGGCACAAUGAAGGGAGUGAUCAAGAAAGCUGCUGAGCAUGCUGCCUCUAGGGUCCAGUUUGGUGACACCAUUGGAAAGUAUGGCGCCAUCCAGGAGAAACUGGCUAAAAUGGCUAUGAUGCAGUAUGUGACUGAGUCCAUGGCAUACAUGAUCUCGGCCAACAUGGACCAAGGUUCGCUGGACUUUGAGAUAGAAGCAGCAAUCAGCAAGGUUUAUGCAUCUGAAGCAGCCUGGGCGUGCACAGAUGAAGCUAUUCAGAUCCUAGGAGGUAUGGGUUACAUGAAGGAAUGCGGCUUGGAGAGAGUCAUGAGAGAUAUACGAAUAUUCCGCAUCUUUGAGGGAACCAAUGAUAUCCUUCGACUACUCAUUGCAGGACAGGGACUGAGGUAUGCUGGUCAGUUUAUGAAGGCUCUACAGAACCCUGCUGCUAACAUUGGAGCCGUGGCUGCAUUCGCCUCCAAGAGGGCAAAGAAGAGUCUUGGUCUGAGCACUGGAGUCUCUCUGGCAGAGUUUGCCCACCCCACCUUGAAACAGGCCGCCGCUCAGACCUCAGCUGCCGUGGAAGCCUUUGGAUUUGCCACAGAAGAUUGCCUGAUGAAGCAUGGGAAGAAUUUAGCAGCGGAACAAUUCCUGCUGAAGCGUAUAGCAGAUGCUGCCAUAGAUGUGUAUGCCAUGGUUGUCACACUGUCCAGAGCCUCCAGAGCAUUAGAACAGAACUCUCCUACAGCAGCUUACGAGGCUCUCAUGUGUUCCACUUACUGUGAUGAGGCUUUAGACAGAGUGAAGAUUGCCCUAGCCGUCUCCCCGCGCCAACGACAACUGUUCAAAAACUACGCCGCCAUCUCUAACGAAAUCAUCAGCCACGGGGGAGCUCAGCAGCAGAAUCCACUCGGCUUUUAGACUCCAAACACGACCAGAUGAAAGAAACAUUACAAAAUAGCAAACAGAGGAUUAUGUAUCGGAUAUUUUUAAUGAGUCUUAUUGGACAGCAUUCAUUGAACAUUCGGGUUAAUUUAUUAUUGAAAUGGCACUUGUAUAUUAUCGCGUUUGUGUGAAUUUCGUAUUUUGAGAAACCAGGAUCUGUUGAUGAAUGUGUAGCUAAUUUGAUCAUUUUGGGUCAAUUUUUCAUUG